AUGUCCGAGACUUCGGAAGCUGCGGUUGUGUCGGCAGGUCGCAGUGGAGGAUCAAGGUCGAUUAACCGCGACCUCUCCGACACGUUCAAGGACAUGCCGGGCCCCGAGCCCUCCUACGACGCGGAUGACGGCGCCACCGAGGACUUCAAACCCUCGGUGACGGUAGGAGGGGCAACCUCCAAGCCGGUUGGCACUCGUCCUCCCCUCAACGGGGAUAAUCCGGCGGCCAACAAGGUCCUAGGCCGGUGCCUAGACCUGAUGAAGACCAAGAGCGAAUGGAUGCAGUUGUUCUCCCCGAAGCAAGUCCGCCAGGCCAUCUGGAUGGACCUCGGAGGGGCGUUGGCUACGCCGAUCAACUCAACGAGCACUCGGCACGUUGCGCAGAAUACUGUGGGCCUCCUGCGAGCUAUGGGGUGCGAACCCCAGAUCCUCCCCACGGAGGCUGCGCUCGCGAGUUGGACGCCGACCGCCGCUACCACAGCGUUAACCAAGUGGAGGAAGAAGCUGCGUAAUGCCUUUGGAGUGGCGGACGUCAGUUCGCGAGGCCCAACGAUGCUUCGUUCGACCUCGGAGGCAGUAGACCCGUCGAAGGUCCCGCUACCAGCGACCCCUCGGAAGGGAGCCACUGAUGACGGUGUCUUUGCAACCAAGGGCGAAGCCUCGCCGUACAUGCAAGACUCGCACAUGGUAACUCCACGAUCUACGGACCGUAGUGAACGUUUGGCUAGGGAGAACGAGGCUUCAUUCGCCACGCCUGGCACGCGCGGAGCGACUGGUCGUCGGUCCCGCCGACGUUACGACCUCCAAGAUGAUUCGUCGGACAGCGACGACGACCUCGGGUCCGACUACUACGAAGGGGACCUACCGAGUGAAUGGGCACGUCAGGUGCGCGAGCUAAGCGCGACCGACAACCAGAGCUCAACCCCAAAGCUCGAGAUCGCCACGCAUUUGCCUCUCGCCAACAUCAAGCCGUUCUACGGAACGCGCGACAAGAGCGAGCACUCCAUGCAGUGGCUCCGAACGUUCAUCUAUGAGAUGAAGGGAACGCAUGCACCACCCAACGAGUGGUGUAUGCCGUUCGAACUUAAGCUCAGGGAUGGAGCCCAGCACUGGUGUCGUCCGCUCCCACGCAAGACAAGACGCACGUGGAAGUUGCUGAGCGAGGCGUUCAUCGAGUACUAUUGCUCGAAGUUUUCCCAGUCUGCGAAGGCUCGGUACUACUCGGCAAGACAAGGAACACGUUUGUGA